UUAUGUAUUAGCAUUAAACGAUUGUGCGAGACUAAGCGGAUAGUUAUAUAUCAUCGAGCUUCCGACAAUAAUAGUCGUUAUUGCCUGUAGGCACAGUACGAUUAUGUCGAAAUUCUUUUUAUUGGCUUUUUUUUGUACGCUGACGGCAUUGCAAAAUGCCAAAGGCUUGGCGGCGCUCGCCGGAGACAUCAACGACUCAAAUGACGGUACGAAUUACGCUUACCGUUUGCCCGAUAGCACGGAACCCGUGUCUUACGACUUGCAGAUAACGCCCGACAUCGAAAACCGUUCGUUUCACGGUCAAGUCGACAUCGUCGUAAAGGCCAAACAGUACACGACCGAGGUGAUCCUAAACUCAAAGGAUUUGAUCCUGACGUCCGCGCCAUGUUUCCAGGACAUAAAGACGAACCGAAGCAUGGCGAUAAAAGAUUAUGCGUUCGACGAUCGCCUCGAACGGUUGGUCGUCAAACUCGAAAGAUCUAUUUUGCCGUCGCGACUCUACAAGUUUACCGUCGCGUUCAGCGGAAUCCUAAGAGACGACUACACCGGAUUUCAUAAAUAUUUCUAUGACUCCGGCAAUUACUCGAGGUGGAUAGCCCUAACUCAGUUCAAACCGAUAUACGCCAGACGAGCAUUCCCGUGUUACGACGAGCCAAAAUUCAAGACUCCGUACACCAUAUCGAUCGCCAGGUUAAACCAUCAUUCUGCGUUGUCUAACAUGCCUCUUAAAAACAGUGAAAUCCAUUCAGAGGACGGUUGGAUGUGGGAUCACUUUAAAACUACAAAGCCAAUACCCACGUAUUUAGUGGCUUUUAUGGUAUCUGAUUUUGAUAAAAACUACAUAAAUGGCGAUAAUAUUGCCAUGCACACGCGCAAAGAGUAUAUCGAGUAUACCACCUAUAUGAUGGGAAAAGCACCAAACUUACUGAAAGGCGUAGAAAAGUUCACUCGAAUACCGUAUAUGUUACCGAAGUUAGAUUUGGUCGGCGUUCCUUUAUUAAACGCUUACAGUAUGGAAAAUUGGGGACUGAAUUCUUACGAAGAAUUUUACGUCACUUUGUCAGAAGAUUCACAAACCGAAGACAAAAUACAGGGAUCCAUGAUCGUACUACACGAGAUCCUACACCAGUGGUUCGGUAAUAUGGUAACCACUCCUUGGUGGGACCACGCGUGGUUUAACGAGGGCAUGUGCAACUACUUGAACUAUUACAUAACGAGUAUAAUCGAGCCCGAUUGGGACCUGGACGAAUCGUUCGUAGAGAACGUUCACCAGUACGCGCUCUCUUGGGACGAGUACGACGAUACGCACCCUUUGACGUUCGCAGUGUCGACUCCAAACGAUAUCGAAAAUGCUUUUGACAUCAUUACAAUCGACAAGAGCGCGGCGAUGUUUAGGAUGUUAAAAUGCGUUGUGGGUGAGGAGAUCUUCAGGACUUCUGUGAACAAAUAUCUCAACGAUUUUGCGUACACGGAAGCGGAACCGAUAAACUUGUGGCAGACGUUUGAUAACGUGCUGUACGACGCCAACUACGUGAUCGAAGACGGUGUCACGGUCGUUAAGUAUAUGGAUUCGUGGACGGAACAGCCCGGGUAUCCAGUGAUAACAGUGAGAUCGACGAGUAACGGUUCAGUCGUUGCUUCGCAGAAACGUUUUUCAUUAUCGUAUCCGAGCUUGGGUACCAACGACGAAAAAUGGUUGGUUGGCUUGACGUACACCACUGAGACCGAAAUGGACUUCGAUGAGCUCACGCCAAGUGUUUGGUUAAAACCCACCGACGAUCACGCGGUAUUGAAAGUUCCCGAAAAUUUCGGAUGGAUAAUCGUCAACAUCCAAUCGACCGGGUUCUAUAGAGUGAGUUACGACGAAAAAAAUUGGAAACUUCUGUUGAUCCAGUUGAUAACAAACCCCGACCGGAUACACGUGCUCAACAGGGCGCAAAUCAUAGACGACGCGUAUCACCUGUGCCGAGCCGAGCUGGUGCCGUACGAUUAUUAUACUUCGCUGCUCGAGUACCUGUUGAUGGAGGAUCACGUGAUGCCUUGGAACACUGCGAUCAACGGAUUAUCAUCGAUCAUGGACGCCAUCCGACGAUAUCCCACGGAAUAUUCAAAAUUCAAAAAAUAUACACAGGGAUUGGCGAGCAUUUUAUACGACAAAUUAUCAGAAAAUCGGAUGCAAAAUGCAACGACGAAAAUCGGUUGGAGCAGACUAUUGACGUGGACGUGUAAAAUGGGCAACUCUCGUUGCGCGCAAUCCGCGUCAAGACACUUUGACGCAUGGAUGAAAGGACACCAGAUACCGUCCGAAAUGGAAGAAGCUACGCUGUGCGCGGGCAUGAAAAAAGGAAAUGUAGCUGCUUUGUCGAAAAUUUACAAACUGUACAAGACGACGCGAUCACCGUCGCAGAAAGAAAUCAUUUUGAGAGCAUUGGCUUGUACCAACAACGUCCAGUCGCAUUUUAGUCAACUGAAUCUGAUUCGAUUGGAUAAAGCGGACAGCGGUAGCUUGCAAACCUUUAAAACCAUCUGCGACAACUUGGUGACCACAUCGGCAGGCGUUAGAGGUCUAGCCGGUUACAUGGCACAGCUACUGAACUCGAUUAAAUCGUCACCGAUUCUCGAUAACCUACAGAAGUACAUCGCUGUUGCGUACGCCGCGUUGGCGCCCAAAGUGGCGACGGACGACGAGAUGUUUGUUAUGGACACAAUAAAGCCAUCUGGCUUAUCAAUUGAAAUUAACAUCACAGUGAGCAAAAUUCAUCAAACAAUCGAAUCAAAUUUGUUAUGGAUGGAACGAGAUCACGAAAAAAUCAUCAGGGCAAUCGAAAUGUGAAGAAAAAUAGGGUGCCACGAAUAAAAUAGAAUUUGUAUUACAUUAGGUACUAUAUUAUAUAAUAAUAUAAUAAUAUGUAGGUGACAAUUUUUUCUAUUAUAUUUUUAUACGAGACUAAAUUUUUUUGACUUAAUCGUAUACGUAUAACUAAUCUGUAUGAAUUAUCAAUAUUUUAUAUAUUAUAUAUAUUUUACAGGUAUUACAAUUAUUUUAAUAUGUUAAACAUAUAUUUGUAUAACCUUUAAAUAAAAUAUUAAAUUUUUUACAAAGAAAAA